AUGGAUAUGCUAUUCUUGAGGCAAGCAGUAAGAAAACGCUCAAUAGCAAUAGGCGCUAUGUCUCUGCCAAUCAGGCAAAUCUAUAAUGAAGAAAUCAUUAGUCAUCCUCGUGGAAGUUGGGGAUAUACAUUCCAACAAACUCAGCUGAGGAGCAAAAGAAUGCGGAACCGUCGAAGACCAAAAAUUCCAGAUCUACCUACAUCUACCAGCUACCAGAGCCAGUUGUUAAGGUUUUUUGGAAAUCACCCAAAUAUCUGGGACUUUUUACAGAAACUAAGAAUAUUAGAAAAUCAAUUCUUUGUAGAAUUUAUACAAGCCAGCAAAAACUUAACAAUCCGAGAUCAAACUUCUAGAAGUGAACGGGCUAUAAAUACUCAUAUGUUGAAAAGAGCUAUUGAGCAGCUUAAUGAACAUGGCAAUAUUAUUAGAUGUCUUACACAAAUGGGCCAUGCUAAUGAUGGGUAUCUGAGACGUCAGAUUGGUCCUAUUCCAGCAGAUUAA